AUGGAACGCAGACGAACCGUUUUGAAUAGCAGCACCGCGAGCAAUGGCAACUCCAUCAAGGGUUUACAGGCCUUCAUUGCAGACCUGAGAUCAUCUCAACACUCCCAGGAGCAUGAGAAAAGGAUCCAAAGUGAAAUCAUCAAAAUCAAGCAGAACUUUGAAUCGACGAGCAGAAAAGUUGGCGGUGGUCAUGAUAAAGUUGGCGGGUAUCAGCGCAAGAAAUACGUUGCCAAGCUUGCCUAUAUUUACAUCACGUCGAACACCAAAAAAUUGAAUGAUAUAUUAUUUGGAUUAGACCAAAUGGUGGAACUGGUGCAAUCUAACGUUUACUCAGAGAAGUUUAUGGCGUAUAUGGUUCUGGAGCUGCUCUAUGAGCAUCCAGUUGUUGUCUCUCGCGUAAGAGAGAAGGUUACGCACUUUGUUAUGAGGGAUUUGGCCUCUAAUGAUGACAAUUUUGUUGCAUUAGCGCUAAAUUUUAUUGGGAUCGUUGGGAAGCUGGAUGAGAGGCUCGCCUUCAAUGAUGAGGUCUCGCUGCAAGUAUUCCAGAUAUUGAGAUCUCCUACCUCCUCACAGAACUUGAAGAAAAAAUCAGCUCUUGCAUUUUUGACUCUGCUCAAGGUCAACGAAGGUAUUUUGACCGAUGAUCAGCAGCGUAUGCAAUCAUGGAUCCAACGAAUAUUAAGUCUUCUGGACGAUACAAAUAAUUACAGGAUGAUGCUGGCUGUGCUUCCGCUUGUUGAGUUUAUUACGAGAAACAUCAAUCCCACUUGCUGUAUAAGGCUGCUUCCGCAGCUAAGUCAAAUUCUUUACAAUUGCGUUGUCCUGGGAACAAAGGAGCGAGACAGCGGCUUUCCAGAAGAAUUCAAAUUUGCGAAUGUACCAAACCCUUGGCUAAUUAUCCGUAUCGUUUCAUUGCUGAACAUACUUUUAGUCUCGCCGACAGAGGCAAGAGACAGCUCGUCGCAGUUUCUUCAUACCAGUAACAUUGAUCAUGAAACAUUAGGAAGGCUUAGAGUAUGUGUUACGAGAGCUAUAGAGCUUGGGACCAGACAAUGUAACGACUCCAUGGAACGAUUGGUGCUCAAUACAGUCUUAUUUUCGCUGAUCAACUUUGCUUCAAAGUUAGAUCCAUCUGAUGAGGCUAUAAGUAAUUCCGUUACGGCUUUGUGCUCUUUAUUGUCAUCGGCAGACAUAAACACUCGCUACUUAACGUUGGACUCGCUUGUGAAACUAUGUUCAUUAAGCGGUAAGCCAGCAGUCGAUACUGUCCGCUACAAAAACCUAGACUUAAUAUUCCAUUUGUUAAAUCAUGAGGGUGACAGCUCCAUUGUGAGAAAAGUUGUGGAUCUACUCUAUACAUUCACGGAUGCAGAUAAUGUUCAAACCAUUGUGGAUGAGCUCUUUAACUUCAUAUCUUCCCCCAGGCGCUCGAUAGACCCGUUAAUAAAGUCUGAAAUAGCGGUAAAGAUUGCUAUUUUGACUGAGAAGUAUGCGUCUGACACUAAUUGGUUCAUCAUGGUGUCAUUGAAACUCUUGUCGUUGGCAUCCACAGCAUCGCUUAAUGAUGACGAAAUAUGGCAGAGGCUAUGUCAAAUAGUUGUCAAUAAUCCCCAGCUCCAGAAAUUGACGUGCGAACAAUUGAUCGAUUAUCUUUACAAGAACAAUGCCAGCGAAUCUAUUGUGAAAGCUGGGGCGUUCUUGCUAGGUGAAUAUACUGACUUGAUAGCUGUGAAUUUUCCGACAGAGGAUCUUUUUAAUCUCUUCACAGACAAGUAUUUUGCAGUCUCCAAUGUUACGAAAGCCAUGAUUCUGACUACCAUCGUGAAAUUAUACCGAUUUAAUCCAAAAAUUGAAUCAGUGGUCAUAAAGUUCUUCCAGCUGGAGCUAAAUUCACUGGAUAUUGAACUGCAGACGAGGUCAUAUGAGUACCUGAGUUUGGUCCAGCUUUCAAAGAUAAACGGUAACACGAAAUUGCUCGACGCUCUGUUUUCUCCGAUGCCACCUUUCAACACGAAGACAAAUCCUCUAUUGAAGAGGCUUGGAAAUCUACCUCUGUCUGUCGGUACCGCAACUCUGGUUGAUACAAUGGACGCAUCUGCGUACGAGACGGCUGGUCAAGGCGGAUCGGCUGACUCAAUGAAACCACCGCCUCCACCCUCAAGACAGACUACCUCAACGGAAAUAAGUGGCUAUAUAAAGAAUGAGUCCGAUCAUUAUGCCGCACAAAUGUCAUCAAACUGGGAGGAAGGUUUUGCGAGAAUGCUGUCGCAUAAGAGAGGCAUUCUGUACUCUUCCUCAAUGCUAAAAGUCCUGUUUCUCAUAAGUACACCUGAUUCAAGACAACCUGCACAAAUCAAAAUCACUCUUACUUUCAUCAACCAAGCAGAGCAUGAGAUUAUGGGCUUUUCGACCGAGAUAAUACCUGCUAGAGUUGGCGACAACCCUGAAUAUGUUCUGCAAAACGUUCAAGCCCCGUCUGUUUUACGGAUAGAACCACAUAAACGUUCAGAACAGAGCUUUGAAGUGCUGAUAAGGAAGCCGUUCUCUAUUGAUAACAGUCCCAUCGUAAAAUUGUACUUCAGUUGUGGUAGCCUGUCAUCCUCGGUCGUUCUAAAGGCAGCGAUUGGUCUGACUGCCACUCUGAGCUCCGAUCCCAAUAAUACCACAUCAUCAGCCAUGACGCUCGCGCAGUUUCUUUCAAGAUGGCGUACUCUUCGAGAGGCCCUUGGCAGUAACGGUGAGCACACCAUCACCAACGUUGAGUUGAAGAGAAUGACGGUUUCCAGCGCUAACACUAUGAAUGCAAUAGGAUUUGCUACACAGACGUUGAAACGGAUGGGCUUCCAAUUAAUCGAUCAACCGAGUUACGGCAAUAUCCUCUUUGCCGCUGGAAUCGUACAUACAAAGAGCGACGGUAAUUUCGGCUCCUUGUUGAAGCUCAAGGUGGAUGAAAAUACCAAUGGAAUUGAUAUGACUUGUAAGACGACAGUGCCAGGUCCUCUUGCGAAGUACAUACUGGAAUGCGUGCAGCGUGCCGUAACAAUCUGA